UCAUUCCCAAGUCUCCGAGCUCCCAAAUACCUCUACCCCGCCGAACCCUAACAUAAUCUGCAUCUUCUCCUGCUACCGUCGUUGCAAAAUUAUUCGACUUUUGCUGAUAAUGGCUUCUCCUCAAUCCUUUCACACCUCCUCCAUCUCCCAACGAUCCAACCUUCCCCUCCUAUUCAAACUCCGAUACCCCAGCAAACCCCCAAAUCAAGCUCGAAUGCCGACGAUCUCCUCAUGCCUCGUCUCGGAUCGGAAGCAAAAGGCGGGUCCUUUGAGCACGGAGAAGCUUCUCUCAUUGGCGACGAAAGAGGUGAUCGAGCUCGAGGCGAGGGUCAUGGUGGGCACGUACGCGAGGGCGCCGGUGGUGUUCGUGAGCGGAAAAGGGUGUCUUUUGUAUGAUGUGGACGGGAAGGAGUACUUGGACAUGACCGCGGGGAUCGCCGUGACCUCGCUCGGGCACGGCGAUCCUGAUUGGGUGAAAGCUGUGGCGGAGCAAGCGAACGCUCUCGCGCAUGUUAGCAAUGUCUACUACUCAAUCCCUCAGGUUGCCCUUGCAAAACGCCUCGUGGAUUGCUCCUUUGCGGACCGUGUGUUCUUCACGAACUCCGGAACCGAAGCAAAUGAAGCAGCAAUAAAAUUUUCUAGAAAGUUUCAGAAAUUUAUGAAUCCCAACGAAAAGCAUCCUGCUACUGAAUUCGUUGCUUUCACCCAUAGUUUCCAUGGAAGGACGAUGGGCGCGCUUGCCUUGACAAGUAAGGAGAAAUACCGUGAACCUUUUGAGCCCGUCAUGCCCGGUGUGACAUUCAUACAGUACGGUAGUAUUGAAGAGGCGAAAAGGACGAUACAAAAAGGCAAAACGGCCGCCGUUUUUGUGGAGCCUAUUCAGGGUGAGGGUGGAAUAUAUACUGCGACAAAAGAUUUCUUGCAGGCUCUCCGAACAUUCUGCGAUGAGGCCGGAGCUCUCUUAAUUUUCGAUGAGGUCCAGUGCGGUCUAGGCCGAACGGGCCAUUUAUGGGCCUACGAGACCUUCGGUGUCGAGCCCGACAUAAUGACUCUCGCCAAGCCGCUCGCCAAUGGUCUACCGAUCGGUGCUGUCUUAGUCACCGAAAUGGUUUCUUCUGCCAUAGCCUCAGGAGACCACGGAAGUACUUUCGCGGGCAGUCCUCUCGUUUGCCAUGCAGCCCUAGCCGUGCUCGACAAAAUCCAGGAACCCAGCUUCUUAGACAGCGUGAGAAAUAAAGGCUUGUACUUAAAAGAGCUUCUCACUAAGAAGCUGGAAGGGAACCCACACGUGAAAGCGGUGCGGGGGCUCGGGCUUAUUGUAGGUAUUGAAUUGGAUGUGCAAGCUUCUUCCCUUGUCGACGCUUGUCGAGAAGCAGGACUUGUGGUGCUCACGGCUGGGAAGGGAAAUGUGGUUAGGCUUGUGCCGCCGUUGAUCAUUUCGGAGAAGGAGAUCGACCAUGCUGUUCAGAUUAUAGCUGAAUGUUUGCCUGUACUUGAUGCUACUAUAAGUUAGAUAAGUGCUAUGCUGUCCGAACAAUUUUAUUUCGAGAUUUAAUUUCAAAUUUUAUUAAGGUUAUAAA